AUGUCUGGAAGACGUGGAAGAAAGCGACAACGCGAGGUAACCCCGCACCCAACCACACCAAUAAAGAUGAAUGCCGUCGAGUUCGAUGGAUCGGAUGCCAAUCUCUUCGACAUCAUAUUGAUGGUGGAGGGGAAGAAGUUCUUCGUGAAUAAGAAGCAAUUGGCGCUCCAUUCUAUGUUCUUCCAUCGGAUGUUUUAUGGAGGAUUCGAGGAGGCCAAGAAAGAAGAAAUCGAGAUCAAAGAGGUCUCAGCGGACGACUUCCAGAAGUUUUUGGAAGUGGUCCAUGGGGUGGAAGACCUGGAAGACUCCGCCGUGGAAGCCGUCUUCGACCUGAGUGAUCGCUUCGACUGCGAGCACAUCAUCAAAAAAUGCAAGAAAUUCUUGCUGGCCAAAAACCAGGUGCCACCCAAAACCAUGUUGGCUCUCUCAAUCCGACAUCAUUUUGAGGAAUUGAAGACCAAGGCCCUGGAGACUGUAAAGACCAAAUGGGAUAUGAAAGCGAUUCUCCCAGCCAACCUCAAGGACCUCGACCAUCCCACAAUGUCGUUGCUCCUGAAGAAAUCGUUGAACCUCAGUGGAAAUGCUUCAAUUGAUACUCCUUCAGACGAUGAGCGUGAUGUGCAAGACCUACUCCGUGGUAUGCUCCGUCAGGGAGAGGAAGAUCCGGGUCAAAUUGACAUUCGGGCACGAGUUGGAGAAGCUAGUCGAAGAAUCAUGGCCAGAGUCAGGGCUCUCGGUCCGUAA